GUCAGAUCAGAAUUCACCGCCACACUGAGAACAUCACGCACCAAUCGGUGGCGAGGGAGGUGCAACGGCAUUUAAAAGGAGUUUUUUGAUCUAAAUAUUCAGCAUUUCCACUCGGCUCCAGAUCAUUGCUCAACUGCAGGGUUUGUGAGGGACGAUCAGCAGUCACCAUCAGAUAGGUGCGACCAAAAUGAAGGACUUCAUUCAGUUCACCCUCAUCCUGUUUGCUGUGCUAAUCUCAACAACAGGAGGUAAUCCUGAGGUUGUGUUCGGGCAGGUGAACAGCACAGUCACCCUGCCUGUGACCAUAGAUGCGACUGGUGGGAUAUAUGUGAGCUGGGAAAGUGAGGGCAAAACUCUGGUCAAGUGUAAUCCCUUUGGUUCUUUGGAGACCAACACAGAGGAACAAUGGAAAGGCAGGUUGUCGUUGUCUGGCUUGUCCCUGGUCAUCAAAACAGUCCAACCAAGUGACUUCCAAACUUUCACCUGUGUGCUGAAGCAGAUGAAUGCUGUUAUUUCCAAGACCACAAUUCGUCUAUCCAGGGUCACCGUGAAUGUGAAACCAGGCGCUCUCCUGGUGAAGGGGGGCACUCUGUCUCUGACCUGCGAUGCAGAGCGGACUGCGAACUUCAAGAUCCACUGGCUCAAUCCCCAGGGGGACAGAGUGGCAACUGGAGGGGCUUUCACCAAGACAGAAGUCACUAAGCAAGAUGCCGGUGUGUGGACCUGUGUUUUGACACAUGAUGGCAGAGAAUCUCGUGCCACAGUUUCUGUUACUGUUUUGGAUCUUUCACCAGCUCCUCCGUAUCCUCUUUUCGCCUCGACGUCCUCUCUUGACCUCACCGUCCCCUGCUCCAUCCCUGAUCACCUUUCCUGGGAGAACUUCAAAGCGAAGGGCUUGCAGCGGGGGAAAUGGAGCUUUGUCCCUAGCCAAGCCUCGAAUCUCAUUUCCGGGAACCCAGAGGAGCUUGGGUCCUUCUCUUUUGGGGAUUCACCGACCUGGAAGGCAGUCCGUGAUAGAUAUUAUGUACCAGACAGCAAAAACAGCCUGUCUUUGACGAUGAAACGGCCGAAAGAGACAGACAGGGGAGAGUAUGUCUGCACCUUGGAAUUUGGCGGGGGUGUCACUCUGAAGAGCAGCGUACAUGUGGAGGUGCUGCAAAUGCAGUACCCUGCAGGUGCACAGACAGUAGCUGGCCAGCCGUUCAACCUGUCCUGCAGCCUCGGCCAUGACCUGGGCCCUGACCUCCGUGUGAAAUGGAUCCCGCCGUCACGAUCAGCGCUGGGCCCUUUAAGCUCCGGCCAACAUCUCAGUGUCUCGAAGGCGGGUUAUGGAGAAUACGAGAAGUGGAAGUGUGAGCUGUGGCGGAAUGGAACACGGCUGACGUCAGACGAGAUCAGGCUGAAGAUCGUGAAACCCCCAGUGAGUGUGUGGCUGCUGGUGACCAUAUGUGGUGCUAUAGUCAUUUUCAUCCUCUUCCUCAUCCUCGUUCUUAUCCUUCGUCGACGAAACAGACAGCGGAAAAUGACGCCCAGGCACCCCAAGCGCAGAUUCUGCCAAUGCGAGAACCCCAAGCCAAAAGGAUUCUACAGAAGUUAAUAUCUUCAAGACCCCAGGGAUUCAUCUUCAACGGGACAUCUCGGCCAAUUGAAUUUUUGUUGAGAAAAGAUAGAUUUCUCUUGUGAACCUCUGACAGCUGGGACUGAAAGUUUGAAAAAGUGCUGCGUUGGAUUGUAAUAUAUAUCAGAAUUGUAUUUUACAACUGUACAUAAUAGCCAGUUUAGAUUCUUUCACAAUCAAUGUCACACAACUACAUUUGCAUUUUGUACCAUGAAUUAAAUGUCUGUUUUUUGAUUUUUGGUUUAUUUUAUA